UCUGAUAUAUAUCCAAGGUUUUGAAAUACAGUUUUCCUCCCAAUAUAUAGUAAUAUUUAUGUGGUUUGGAGUAAUUAUUAAGAUUAUGGCACAAACUGUGAAAGCUAACAUCACACCAAGUUACCACUUACUUUAUUAAUGUUAAUCUUCUCCAUCUUUUUUUUUUCUUCAAUGCCCCACACCUCUUGUUUCUAUGCAAAACCUGCGUAUGUUUCUCUGUACUCUCACUGCACGUUCUGUUUUUGUCUGCAGUGUCACUGUCCCUGUCUUCUUCAGCCACACCAAGAGUCCCUCUCUUGCACACCAAUCUUUGUUUGAGACCCUUUUUCUCUCUCUCUUUCUAACCAGCAUUGGAGCCUUGAAAGCAUGGAACUUUCCUUAACCUGUUCCAUAACUUGAAACUUCUAGAAUGAUGCAUUAAUUAAAGGGGUUGCAAGCAAACGGCACCUAAUCCAUUUCUCAAUUUUUUUAUAUACCCUCCAACUUCUCUCUUUUUUUUUUCUUUCUUUUGUUUUUGUUAUAUAUAUAUAUAUAUAUAUUCUUAGUAGAAGAGGUGCUUAAACUUUGAGGUUUGAAAAUUUUGUUUGUGUUUUUAUUGAAAUGUCAAGUCUACAGAUGUGUCAUGUGGUAGAUUUGGAGCAAGGGAGUCUCAGUCACCACCACCGUUCAGUGAGUGGCAGUGACAUGAGCAUGUGCUUUUCUGAUGCUGAGAAUGGUUCAUGCUAUUCCCAUUUCUAUUCAACAAAUGGUGACCCUUAUGAUGAUUACACAUUUGGUUGUGUUUCUGAUGCUGAGGAUGGUGGUGAUGUUGAUUUAAGGAGGGCUUCUUCUGUCACUGAUUCUGUGGAGGUGGAAAUUGAAAGUGGUGCUCCUGAAAUUAAGGUGCAUUUAGCCAAAGUGGAGAGGGAUUGCAGGAUUUGUCAUCUUGGUUUGGAGAGUGAUGAUAGUCAAGAAGAGUCCGGAGUUCCCAUUGAAUUGGGGUGUUCUUGUAAGGAUGAUUUGGGUGCUGCUCACAAGAAUUGUGCUGAGGCCUGGUUCAAGAUUAAGGGGAAUAGGACAUGUGAAAUAUGUCAUUCUGUUGCACGGAAUGUUUGUGGGGCAAAUGAGGAGACAACACAUACUUUGAGUGACAGCAGCAAUGCUAAUAAUGCAGCAUCCACAAUCUCAACAUCAACAGAACCUCGAAGAUUUUGGCAAGGCCAUCGCUUCCUGAAUUUUCUGCUUGCUUGUAUAGUUUUUGCAUUUGUCAUAUCGUGGCUUUUUCAUUUCAAUAUGCCCUCCUCGUAAUUUUUCUAAAGCAUAACUUUUUUUCUUUACUUAUAUUUUAAAGAAAAAUGAAAUCUAAUUUAAUGGGGGAGGGGGUGAAGAGAAAGAGGAAGAAAAAUAGAAAGGAGAAACCACAAUCUAAAAUAGAGAAUUGAUUCUUAGAGAUAAUUAAUGUUCUCAUUUUAAGGCCUUACUGGGGCUAUGUAAGUAGGCAUUUAUAUCAUCCUUGCCUCUAUGCAAGUCAACAGUUCGUGAUUUCGUCAUUUAUGUUGUGCAGUCUUCCUAUAAUAUUGGGUCUUUCUUUAUAGUGCUUUCUUAUUCAGACAAAGGUAUAUAGCAGAGCUUGUCUAUGUUUAGAAAAAAAAAUCCCCCCUAUUACUUUA